GAACUCUUCUUCUCUGCUUUACAACAACAAACUCUUCUUCUCUUCUUAACAACAACAAACUCUUCUUACCAUAUUUAUAUUUUUUCCCCUUAUUAUAAACACCAAAACCAUCUUUAUAAAAACUUUAUAUGGCUUCUUCUUCUCAUGAUGAUGAUGCGUUUGAUGAUGCAUUUGAUGAUGUUUUUGAUGAUGUCUAUGAUCAAUAUUUUGAUCAAGCAUUUGAGAAUUUGACCAUUCGUCGUGAUCAAGAAGAACGAAGAAAGAAAAGAAAAAAACGAGCGUAUAUCGAAAGACAUCGUGAGGAAGGGCAUAUUCGUUUAUGGAAUGAUUAUUUUAGUGAUACUCCAACGUAUCCUGAAAAUUUCUUCCGACGACGUUUUAGAAUGAACAAGUCAUUGUUUAUGCGGAUUGUUGACCGUCUCUCCAACGAAGUUCAAUACUUUCAACAAACGCAAGAUGGUCUCGGAAGGAGCAGUCUCUCUCCCCUUCAAAAGUGUACUGCAGCGAUUCGUGUCUUGGCAUAUGGUUCUGCGGCUGAUGCGGUCGACGAAUACCUCCGGCUCGGUGAAACAACAACUCGGUUAUGCGUGGAAAAUUUCGUCGAAGGGAUUAUAUAUUUGUUUGCCGGUGAGUACCUCAGAAGACCGACACCGGCUGAUCUUCAACGUCUACUUCAUGUUGGAGAGUAUCGAGGAUUUCCCGGAAUGAUUGGAAGCAUCGAUUGUAUGCACUGGGAGUGGAAGAAUUGUCCCACCGCUUGGAAAGGGCAAUAUUCUCGUGGUUCGGGUAAACCAACAAUUGUUUUGGAGGCGGUUGCUUCAUAUGAUCUCUGGAUAUGGCACGCGUUUUUUGGACCUCCAGGUACGUUAAACGAUAUCAAUGUUCUUGAUCGCUCGCCUGUUUUUGAUGACAUUAUAAACGGUAAAGCUCCUCCAGUCACUUUCUCUGUCAAUGGAAGAGAGUAUCAUAUGGGUUACUAUCUCACCGAUGGGAUCUAUCCAAAUUGGGCAACUUUUAUCCAAUCAAUUCCACAACCACAAGGGCCGAAAGCUGUUUUAUUUGCUCAAAAUCAGGAAGCUGUCCGAAAAGAUGUCGAGCGUGCAUUUGGAGUAUUGCAAGCUCGUUUCGCUAUUGUCAAAAAUCCAGCGCUGUUUUGGGACAAAGCCAAAAUUGGGAAGAUUAUGAGAGCGUGUAUCAUACUACAUAAUAUGAUUGUAGAAAACGAAAGAGAUGGAUACAGUCUAUUUAAUGUUGCGGAGUUCCAACAAGUAGAAGACAACGGAACUUCACAAGUCGAUCUCGGUUUUUCACAGGAAAUGCCUACAAAUAUCGCCAAUAUGAUGCAUUCUCGACAAAGAAUUCGUGAUGAACCAACGCAUCACCAACUAAAAGCUGAUUUGGUUGAACAUGUAUGGCAUAAAUUCGGAUCUGAUGAAGACGACAACUGAUGAAGCUUCGUUCCAAUAAUUCUCCUUUAUUUUACUAAUCUUUUUUAUAUUUUAUUUUAAUUCUAUAUUUAAAAUGUUAUGUAUAAUAAUUUUAUUAAUAAAUUUUAAGUUGCCUAAAAUAAUGUUUUUUUUUUAAAAACCCUAAAAUUAGAACCUUGCAAUGGACGCACAUAUUUGAAGAUCUCUUAUUUAGGUUUCUUAAUGUCACUUUUCCAACUUAAUAAUAUUUAAAAAUUAAUUAGCACCCCUAAGUGGGUAUCAAGGAUAAUGGUGCUCUUAGGAUUCCAGUCAGACUCGCCGGUUUUAAAUCUAGUCAAAGCUAAAAAGACGUGUGUGCGCGAGGCGGCCCAUUGUUUUAUUUUUGGGCUUACGUCGAGAUUAAUUGGGCUUUUAAAACCUUCUAAAAAGGUUUCACAAAAAGUUUUACGGCGCCUCAGAGAUUCGAACACGCCUUAACCACUCGGCCCACGCAAAUUUUUGCUGUACAUCUGAUAAAUCUAUUAAUAAGUAUGCGAAAACCGCAUGAUAACAUGCCAAGCAACAAGCAGACUACUUAUCUAUUGCAUUUGUAUUCGGCUCACCACACCACUCGAAGCAUCCCUUUAGCAUUUCACAAACAUGUGCAUUUAAGAAGCAUCAUUGUUAAAUAUAAUACGAGUUAGUUUCAGAGGGCUAGCUGCCACUUAAUCAAAAGAGGAGGUUGCACUUGGCGUCAUUCCAUUACGUUUAUUAAUUGACUUCUCCAUAAUCUCAAGAGCUGUAAAUCGGUUUUUACCCUUCCACAGAUCUGAAAGGAACCAAAGAGAAUACCAUAUUUUAAAAAGGACAUAUUAUCGUUGAACUAUUAUUUUCUCAAUAUGAAAUUAAAAAAAUGACCACCUGAAAAAUAUUGGUUUUAAUUAAAAGACUUCCUGUGUUUCAAAAAAAAUAAAAUAAAAGACUUCCUUGUAGGACAAAAAGAAGAAGAUAAAGGUGAUGAUUGGUUCGACUGUGGCUUAAAAAAUUUAGUUGUAGAUGUUUAGCUGUAGAUAAAUUGGUUGUAGCUGUAAAGUUGUUACUGUAUAUUUUUUCUGCAGAGACUUUUGUUGUAGUUAAAUUUGUUAUAGCUGUAAGUUAUAGGCUGUAGAUAUUUUAAAAUAAAAUAUAUGAAAUAUGUGUUGUA